AUGGAUCCGUGGGACGGCCAAGUUGCGAACUCAAUGACGUCUUCUGAGGCGGACGCAGAAACCUCAUUACCGUCAACUACAUUGACAACGCCGCCUCCUACCGAGGCUCGUGAAUUGUUUACCGCAAGUGAAAGCUCCAAGCCGUCUCGACCGCAAACAACUCGAAUUCCAUAUGCGCUUUCAAGUCAAUCUUCCGAAACGAUAGUCGGCGACGAAUACAAUGCAGCCAUUACGGAAUCGUCGUGGUCCGGAACAACGUACACAGAGGACAAUCAGGUUCGUUCUGUAUCGUUGUUAGACAACGAACUCGUUACUCGCUCGCGGCCAGGGUCAGAAAACAUCAUAUCAACCCCUGAUCUUCCGGUUGUUGCAGGUCUCAAGACAUCGUUAUCGACGAAUAAUGCACCUUCAUCAGCCUCUCCAAUACUAGGCUCUCUACCCACUCGACAGCGUUCGACAAAUAUCCCUAAGUUCGGAACAAGCCGCGAUACUGUUCGACAUAGAAAACUUCAAGAUUUGACGAAGCACAAUCAGUUGGAACGUGGCUCAGCACCAUGGUCUGUGUACAACUUACGGACGCCUGGUACCGUGUGUGCGUUUUGUGCGGUUACCUUUACGGGCCCCCUUCACAAAGAGGAUGCUAUACGCCACACUCGCGACUUGCAUCUCUCUCAUCGGAAAAACCAGACGUCAAACCCCAAGCAGUUCGCAAUGACCGAGACCUACGACAUAGAUAUGGUUGCUCCUGGGUCGAUCAUUGCGGAGUGCAAUCUGUCCACCAGAAUGAGCGCAAAUCGGAAGGAUUUACGGCUCAGUGUUUCUCAGCCUCGUCUUGUCCCUUGUGACAACCGAGCCAUACCAGAAAAGCAGCUUCUUUUCUUGUUGGAUACCCUGGACCCGCAGGCUUGUAUGGGGAGAGCAAAUGACUUCUUCAAUGGUCUCGACACCAUCGUAGGGAACCUACUGGAGAGAUGCCCUGGUGACGUCGCGGUUCAAGGUAUGCAACGCGCGCUUGCCCGUUUGGAUCAGUUGUACCGACUCAACUUUGGCACCCCAUCGUCAUCGGAUCAAUGGUCUACCGCCACGGAGAUAUCGUACUCAAGCACCCGUAGCCCAUCAGGUGAUAACAGGGCCACGUCUUUGUCAUACACAGGAGGCACGGGGUCUGCUGGAGGUCUCAAUGACUGUCCGGAUGAACCGGUCAAGUCAAUCCCUAACGGUCAAGAACAACUGGUUCCAAAUGCUCCUUUGAACGACUUGGACAACGGCAGCAAAAGAACUAAAGCAAAGUGCAAGAACCGACCCCUUGGUUGCCCCAUCAAGAAGCACUACGUGAUCCAUAACCAGGUUUCCUCUUGUAACUUCACAGGAGCGGCUAAUAUGUGGGGAGUGGCCAAACACCUCAAAUCGCUGGCUCACAUACAUUCUCUCCCCUUCUUAGCUCUUUGUCGGAACUGCUGGAAGUACACUAAGAGCGAAGUGGCAUAUCAGGAGGACCACCGACCUGGUCGAUGCCAACAUGCUGGCCAGCCUCGGGGUCCCAGGGUUGAGAAAUACUGGUGUGAUCUUUAUAUAGAGAUAUAUCCUACGUUGGAGCGAAUUCCACGCCCAUUUGUCGACGACAUGACAUGGAGACCGGCAGCGUCAAUGAGAAACACAGAUACGAUAGCAGUCAGAGACAACGAUGAUCUCGAACUUAAUUUCAACAGCGCACCGGAAUUUCAGUCUUUUUUAGAGUUUGAGCCAACGCAUCUACCUGACGAACUUCCGAUGGCAUUCACUGUGCCAAACCAGACUCAUCUCGUUACCAUCGAAGCUGCCGAAGCCGCUGCGAUCGAACUGUAUUCUCAAAUGUUUCUCGAGCACGUACAUCAACCGUUCGAUAUAAACGACCAUCACAUGAGGCGUCUCAUGGAUCACGCGGACGAAACAGACGUGAAUGCGUUCUCCAAUGCGUUUCGUACAAGACUCCACCAACUGAUCCAGUCGUCCCGUCAACAACAACUGGAAGGAGUGAUACCAGACCUUAUAUUACCUCCUGCGCCGGAAAUCUUCACAUCGCACGCUCUCGGCGAUCACGAUCGUUGGUUAGAACAAUUCCCAGUUCCAGAGGAAAUGAUCAAUGCCACGCCUCCGUAUCAGUUUCUUCCCGAUGAGCAACUCUCAGUUGAUCACGGCCCGUACCAAGACAUUGAGUCAUUGGACUUUCUAUAUACUGGUCUCACAUUUGACCCGGAAUCCGACUUCCCACCAACGCAAUACCCCAUGGGGCCAAUAAGCCUCGAUGGAACUCAGACAACGAUCUCUGUGUAGUUUGGGUUUGUAACUCUCUCACAUUUCGCAUGACGUUCCUAAGAAGCAUAACAAGUGUAUCACUGUAGGCUACGACAAAAGGAUGGGCUGUAUCACGACUUCAUGGCAAACAAGAAAGUCUCGUUUCAUUUGGGGGUUU